GAGAAUUUCAGUGUUGGAUAACGAUGGGGACCGAAUGGAGAAGUGGAUCACGGGAUUUCGCUCGGAUUUCUUUUCUUCUUUGUCUGCUGCUGUUUGUCGGAAAGCAGGCUUUGGCUGAAAUAAGGUACUCUGUUCCCGAGGAGGUGAAAGAAGGAACCGUUGUUGCAAAUGUUGCAAAGGAUCUCGGCUUUGACGUCACCUCUUUGACAAACCGACGGUUCCGUGUUGUUUCUGAGUCUGAGGAGGAUUUUUUUGAGGUAAAACAGGACAGCGGUGCUUUGUGUGUCCACAAGAAAAUCGACAGAGAGGAGGUCUGUCAGGGGAGCGGCGCAUGUCUAAUGGAGCUGAAAAUAAUCGUUGAAAAUCCUUUAGAAAUACAUUAUGUGGCUGUAGAAAUUACUGAUGUUAAUGAUCACACACCCCGUUUUCCUGCCAGUGAGAAAACGUUUGAAAUAGCAGAACAAACACUGCCAGGAUGGCGUUUUCAACUACCGACUGCUCGUGAUCCUGAUGCUGGAAUUAAUUCCAUUCGCAUUUACACCAUUAAUUUACAUGAUCAUUUUGCUGUAGAUGUCCGUCAAAACGAUGAGGACAAAAUGCCGUUUUUAGUGUUGAAGAAGCCGUUAGACAGAGAACAGAAAAAUAAACACUCACUGCUGGUUACAGCUGUUGAUGGUGGAAAACCUCAAAGAUCAGGGACACUAAAUGUGACCAUUAUUGUUCUUGACAGUAAUGAUAACCGUCCAACAUUUGCUGAAGAGACAUAUGAAAUUUCAAUUUAUGAAAAUGUUCCAUUUGACACUUUAGUAUUUACAAUAAAUGCGUCAGAUCCAGAUGAAGGCACAAAUGGAGAAAUUGAAUAUAUGCUUGGAAACAACUUGAAGCCAAACAUAUAUGAUAUUUUUUACUUGGACACAAGAACUGGAGCAAUUACAGUUAAAGGAAUGUUAGACUAUGAAGACAAUGACGUUUAUAAAAUGGAUAUAGAGGCAACAGAUAAAGGAGCACCUCCACUAAAAGGUGCUUGUAGAUUAAUUGUAAAGAUAAUAGACAUCAAUGAUAAUUCACCUCAAAUAGAAAUCACAUCACUGUCAGAUACAGUUUCUGAGGAUUCAAAACCUGGUACAAUAAUUUCUCUCAUUUCUGUUAAAGAUAAAGAUUUUGGUGUGAAUGGAAAGAUUCUUUCAAAAAUAACAAAUGAUGUUCCUUUUGAAUUAAAACCCUCUUAUAAGGAGAAUACAUAUUCAGUUGUGACUAAAGGAUUUUUGGAUCGAGAACAAAUGUCACAUUAUGAAAUAACAAUCAAAGCCACAGAUUGUGGUGAGCCUCCCUUAUCCACUUUAAAAACACUGAAUAUUCAGAUUUCAGAUGUCAAUGAUAACAGUCCACAUUUUGAACAAAAUCCGUUCCAGUUUUAUCUUGUAGAAAAUAAUGUUGCUGGAAAGUCAAUAUUCUCUGUAAGUGCAACAGACAAAGACCUGAAUGAUAAUGCAGUUAUUACUUAUCAUAUUGUGAGAGAAGGUCAAAAUGGAAUAAUGUCUUUCCUAAAUAUAAAUCCUGAUAACGGACACAUUUCAGCACUAAAAAGUUUUGACUUUGAAACCCUGAAAAGUUUCCAGUUCCAAGUUGUGGCCACAGAUUGUGGAACUCCAUCACUGAGCAGCAACGUGACAGUGAACGUGUUCAUUCUGGAUCAGAACGACAACCCUCCAGUCAUCCUGUAUCCAGUCAGUGCUAACGGUUCUGCUGAAGGUGUGGAGGAGAUUCCCCGAAAUGUGAACGCAGGUCACUUGGUGACUAAAGUCAGAGCCUAUGACGCUGAUAUAGGAUAUAACGGCUGGUUACUGUUUUCACUGCAGGAGCUUACUGACCACAGUCUGUUUGCUUUGGACCGCUAUACAGGACAGAUCAGAACACUUUGCUCAUUCACAGAGACAGACGAGGCUGAGCAUAAACUGGUCAUACUGGUCAAAGACAAUGGGAACGUUUCACUCUCAGCAACAGCUACUGUGACUGUCAAACUUGUGGAGCCCAAAGAGGCUUUUGCAGCUUCUGAUGUUAAAGGUUCAGCAAAAGAUGAAGAGGACAAUAAUGUGACUUUUUAUCUCAUGAUCACUUUGGGCUCAGUUUCCACACUUUUCCUCAUCAGUAUCAUCGUACUGAUUGCCAUGCAGUGCUCCAAAACCACAGACUAUUCAUCCAAGUAUUUGCAAGAAGCAAAUUAUGAUGGAACUCUGUGCAACAGCAUCCAGUACAGAUCUGGAGAGAAGCGUUACAUGUUAGUUGGACCCAGGAUGAGUAUUGGAUCUACUGUAGUUCCUGGAAGCAAUGCAAACACUCUGGUGGUUCCUGACAGAAGAAAAACGUCUGCAGAGCCCACACCUGCUAUUAACAGCUUCAAGAACCAUUUGGAUCAACUGUGCAAAGACCUACCUCUUGUGUAUGACCAUAAAGAUACACCUGCUACAAGAGAUACCUCAAGAUCAAUGUAUCUACACUCUGAUCAAGAUGUCCUGAGAGGGUUUGAGGUAGCAGUAGAGCCAACAGAAGAGGCACUUAAAUGA